GGGAGGUUCCCGCGAGGUGGUUCUCGGGCUCCUCCUGGCGCCUCAGGUUUCCUUUCCCCGCCCGUCAGCUCUUGCCCCGCCGGCUGGUGGCUGCGGCGCCGCGUCUCACACUUUUUCCCUCUCCGAGGCCUCUGUCUGCCUCGCCCCGCCUGGGCCUCCUCCCGCUUUCUCUCUCCGCUUCCCCUCGAGCCUGCGGAGGAGCCCUUAGCCGUGGGGCGCCCGGAAAGAUGGCGGCGGCGGUGGGAGGCGGCGGCGGCGAGGGGGGCGCGGGCCUUGACUGCGCUGCGGGGCCGGGGCCGGGUACGGGGCCCCGCGGGCCGGGUUUCUCGGCCGAGGCGCGCGAGGGCACCCUGGGCUCCGCGCCCGCUGCGCUGCACCCGGAGGAGAUCGCCGCGCGGCUGCAGCGGAUGCGGCGGGAGCUGAGCAACCGCAGGAAAAUCCUGGUGAAGAACCUGCCCCAGGACAGCAGUUGCCAGGAAGUUCAUGAUUUGUUACAAGACUAUGAGUUAAAGUAUUGUUAUGUGGACCGAAAUAAACAAACAGCUUUUGUUACUUUACUGAAUGGGGAACAAGCCCAGAAUGCCAUUCAGAUGUUUCAUCAGUAUUCUUUUCGAGGAAAAGAUUUAAGAGUCCAGCUCCAGCCUACAGAUGCUUUGCUGUGUAUUACCAACCUGCCCAUUUCUUUUACGUUAGAAGAAUUUGAAGAACUUGUUCGUGCUUAUGGAAAUAUUGAGAGAUGUUUUCUGGUUUAUAGUGAAGUUACCGGCCAUUCCAAGGGCUAUGGAUUUGUGGAAUACAUGAAAAAGGACUUUGCUGCAAAGGCUAGAUUGGAGCUAUUGGGUAAACAAUUGGGAGCAUCAGCUCUCUUUGCACAAUGGAUGGAUGUUAAUCUAUUGGCCUCAGAGCUUAUUCAUUCUAAGUGCCUUUGUAUAGAUAAACUCCCUAGUGACUAUAGAAAUUCAGAGGAGCUAUUGCAAUUUUUUUCCAGUAUCCAUAAACCUGUGUUUUGCCAGCUUGCACAGGAUGAAGGUAGUUACGUUGGUGGCUUUGCAGUAGUUGAAUAUAACACUGCAGAGCAUGCAGAAGAGGUUCAGCAAGCAGCUGACGGGAUGACCAUCAAAGGAAGCAAAGUUCAGGUUUCCUUCUGUGCCCCAGGAGCACCAGGGCGAAGCACAUUAGCAGCACUGAUAGCAGCUCAACAUGUGAUGCACAGUAAUCAAAAGGGCUUACUUCCAGAACCAAAUCCAGUACAAAUUAUGAAAAGUUUAAACAACCCUGCCAUGUUACAAGUUCUUCUACAACCUCAGCUAUGUGGACGAGCUAUUAAACCAGCAGUUCUUGGAACACCUCACAGCUUGCCACAUCUGAUGAAUCCAUCCAUCUCCCCUGCAUUUUUACAUUUGAAUAAAGCACAUCAGAGCUCAGUUAUGGGUAAUACUUCUAAUUUAUUCCUUCAGAAUCUUUCUCAUGUAUCAUUGACACAGCAACCAUUAAUGAAGUUUGAGAAUACUCAUACAAAUAAUAAACCUGGCUUACUUGGAGAACCUCCAGCUAUGGUACUUCAGACUGCACUAGGGAUAGGGUCUGCACUUCCACUGAAAACGGAGUUGGGGCAUCAUGGAGAAGCACACAAAACAUCAAAUCUGAUUCCAACUCAAACAACUGUAACAGCUGGAAUGGGCAUAUUACCAUUCUUUCCAAAUCAGCACAUUGUUGGACAAGCUGGGCCAGGUCACAGUAAUACUCAGGAGAAACAAUCAUCCACGGUGGGACUCGCAGAAGGAACUUUCUCAGGGUCGCAGGCUUAUCUUCAGAGCUUUUCAAAUCUUACUGCUGGAAGUUUGCUGACAGGGCACCAUAAGCAGCAGCAAAAUCAACCAAAAGGCACUGAGAUAAGUUCAGGGAAUCAGACAUCACUCUUGGGAGAACCACCCAAAGAAAUUCGGCUCAGUAAAAAUCCAUACUUGAACUUGGCAAGUGUGCUGCCCAGUGUGUGCUUAUCAUCCCCUGCAAGUAAAACCACUCUACAGAAGACUGGAAUUGCAAGCAACCUUCUAGAUGCAAUCUCUCAGGGAAAUGAUUCACAACAUGCAUUGGAAAAGUGCAUUGCUUAUUCUCAGCCUUUUGGUGAUUAUGCACAGGUGUCAUCUUUAAGAAAUGAAAAGCGAGGCUCAUCAUAUCUCAUCUCUGCCCCAGAAAGUGGUUCAGUGGAAUUUGUUGACCAGCGUUCUCAGGGCACAGGAGUGCAUUAUGUGGAAACCUACUUAAAAAAGAAGCGAGUGUACUGAGCUAAACUCUCUCCUUAUAGCCUCAUAAGGUCCUUUGCUGUACUCUGCUGUUCAUUGCUGCCUUAACUCAAACUAGCCAUAUCCUUUAAAUACGGGUUUAUAAUAUCCCAGAAGGAACGGUGUUGUGCAGCAGGCAGAACUGCCAAAUGAAAAAUAAGUAGCAAUAAAAAGAGAUAUCCAUUGAGGACAUUUCCCACUAGAAUUAGAUGCAACUUAAUUAAUGUGAUAUUAAUUUGCAGUCCAUUGGAGAAAUAUAACAAUGUUCCAAUAAUCCUUGCUUUAGGACUGGGAAUAAUUUUGACAACCAUAUAUAAAAGUUUGAAGCAAUAAAAGGAAAACAGUUUUGUUUCCUGAGCCUUAGGAGAAUGAGUUUCUUAUAAGCCAAUAUGCGUUUCAAUUUACUCUCCCUAGAAGUGAUUUGGUUUAUAGAUUUUUAGGACUUUUCCUAGAGCUACAAAAGUACAAGUACCAAAUGUGGUAACGGUGACCAAAUGUGGUGACGUUAUGAAGACGCUCUACCUGCAAACUAAAGUAUUGCCCAUACACCAGCCAUGCAAUAUAAAACCUGAACACAGACAUCCAAGGUAAACAAAACAACGGAUGCUUUACUUUUCAUGUUAUUUAGCAUUUAUACCUGUUGUGAAAAACACAAGGUAUUUUAAGAAAAGUAGCUUUGGUGAUCUAAUACAGGGGUUUGCAAACUACACCCCGUGGGCCAAGUUCAGUCCACUACCUGUUUUUGUACUGCCCGCAAGCUAAGAAUGUUGUUUACAUUUUUAAAUGUUUGGGGGUGGGUAUUAAUUUAUGAGAUGUUAAAAUUCUAUGAAACAAAUUUAAGUAUCACAAAUAAAAGCUUAUUGGACUACAGCCAUACUCAUUCAUUUACAUAUUAUCUAUGGCUGCUUUCAUGCUACAAAAUAAAGUUCAGUAGUUGUGACAGAGAUCAUAUGGUCCACAAAGCUUAAAAUAUUUACUAUCUGGUCCUUUAUAGAAAAAGUUUGCUGACCCCUGGCCUAAUAGCACCAAUUCCUUAUUCCUUUACUUCACCUAAAGAUCAGCCCUUAACCUUUGUGGCAGACUCGUAAGUGGCAAGGAACGCAGGUUUCUGUGCCUCAUUUCAUAGCAUAGACUAGUGAUGAUCUAAUUACUAGAACAGGGCCUAUUUUGACCAUCCAAUGCCCUUCUUCCACAAUAUAGUAAAGCAGUCAAUACCGCCCUUUCUGAAGAAGUCUUAUGGCAUAACAGUAUUUAUAACAAUUUUGAUCUAAUAAGCUAUACCUCACUCUCUGCUCUUAUUCUUUUGUAGUGUGUUAGGAUUAAAAAUUAUCAGCUAUUUAACCCAACUUAUUUCUGAAUUUUUUUUUCUUAUUGCAUAUGACUUUUGACAUCACCAUUUCCUGACGACCUUGCUAUUAAAUGCAUGAGAAACCCUUUGCCAUCUAGAAAUUUCUAAGUUUGUUCAUUGUUAUGAGACCGUAAGGGUCUCAAGCCAUUCUUUUGAAAUCAAAGCAUUAAAUAUCUUGUCAUUUUGGAAACUUAUUUUUUGACUGAUAAAGUUAUCUAUCCUGUUUUAAAUAUGAAGUCCAGAACUGAUACAUAUGGUGUAUGCUUUGUAAAGAAUUCUCUUUAUUCUAAUUUAUUGCAUCUAAUAAUGUCUGUUGGAAAAUGGCAUCGAGGAGAUUAAGAUAAUGUCUAAGAAGUAUACUAGCUAUAAAUAACUGAUCAAGAUUAGACAUCACUCAAUUAAGCAGCAGAUGACUAAUGGAUUCUCUAAGCCUCACAUUUUUCCUUCCUGUUCUCCUGUUGCAUUUAGUUUCUUCAGUGCUUAGUCACCCCUCUAAUAAAGUCCAAAAAGAAAAAAAGGGAAAGGGUGAAUUUUAAAUGAGAGCUAUUAAAUGAAAGCAGGAAGAGGCUGAAAGAACUAAAAUGAAGAAUUCGGGGACUCCAGCCCUCUGUACUGGCCUGUGCCCUGUUACCAUUGAACAGACAGAGAAGUGCAAAUCAAGUGGUGUUGAUAAUAUGGGCCAUUACCACUCCACAAAAUCUAACCUGUUAUUUUUCUAUGUAAGUGAAUUGUCUGAAUGCUUUGAAAAUGAAAUCUUAAUAUUAAAAGGCAUAUGCAUGUGAA